GGUAUAAAGUGAGGUGAUUUCUUCAGCAAAACCUGUCACAGCUAACAGUGCUCACUAACAGCGACACCAUGAAGUUUCUCCUGAUUCUUGCCUGCUUAGGAGCAGCAGUUGCUGUCCCUGUUGAUGAUGAUGACAAAAUCGUGGGGGGCUACACCUGCUCUGUCCCCUACCAAGUGUCCCUGAACUCUGGGUACCACUUCUGCGGGGGCUCUCUCAUCAACAACCAAUGGGUCGUGUCAGCUGCUCACUGCUACAAAUCCCGCAUCCAGGUGAGGCUCGGGGAAUACAACAUCGAUGUGUUGGAAGGGGACGAGCAGUUCAUCAACUCCGCUAAAGUAAUCCGCCACCCCAAAUACAAUUCGUGGCUCCUGGAUAAUGACAUUAUGCUGAUCAAGCUGGCAACCCCAGCUGCCUUGAACUCUCAUGUCACAGCAAUCUCUCUUCCUUCUGCCUGUGUGGCUGCUGGGACUACGUGUUUGAUUUCUGGGUGGGGAAACACCCUCAGCAGUGGCUCUAACUACCCCGAGCUUCUCCAAUGUCUGGAUGCUCCAGUCCUGACUGACGCUGAGUGCAGUGGUGCUUACCCAGGACAAACCACUACAAACAUGAUCUGCGUGGGAUUCCUGGAGGGUGGCAAAGACUCCUGCCAGGGCGAUUCUGGUGGCCCAGUCGUGUGUGGUGGUGAGCUCCAAGGAAUUGUGUCCUGGGGGAUCGGGUGUGCUCUGCAGGGUUACCCUGGAGUCUACACCAAAGUCUGCAACUAUGUUGACUGGAUCGAGGAGACCAUUGCUGCCAACUGAGACCUCCAUCUGCUGCUGGUUUCCUGGUGACCUUUCCUUCCCUCCCCCUUUAAUUCAUCUUUGAAAACCACAUAGUACAAAUAAAGCUAUAUUAGCUGUAGCAAGUG